UCAUGAUCAAAAGUUAAUCAUUUUAAUUUUUCUUGUAACUUAAUGACACUCAUGUUAUGAGUCCUGAAACUUUAAUAGUUACGGAACUAAAUAUGCAAGUGAGUGAAGUUAGAGAACUUAAAUGGGCACAACAAAAAAAUUAUGAAUAAUUUACAAUAUUCCCAAAACAAUAUAAACAUAAUAGGCAAAUAAAGUCAAUUUUGACUAUGAAGCAAACUGUUGUUUUACAACUAAAUUUAGAGCAAAUAAAGUAGAUGUGUACUUCAAGGUAACAUCAUUGGGCUCGGAGGUCACCGAAGGACCAAUGGUGGUGGCGGUCACUUACCCUCCCACAGCGUUGACCUCCACCGUCACCAUCAGAUCACAACUCACAAGUGGUCUAGCUUUCCUAGUGCCUCCUCCCAAUGCUCUCCCAUUCCUUCAUCGCCGCCGGCUUCAACUGCUCUUUUGUCCUCAACUCUUGCUCCUCUGACAUUGUCAUCUACGACAAUUUCCAACUUUGGGUCUUCUUGGCCGCCACAUCACAAACCAUUCCUGCAGUUUUGUUCCUCAUCAGUAGAUCAACCAUGCAUGUACUCUUACUUCUGCCAUACUGGAAUACCACACAUGCCUACAAGGACGACACCUUGACACUAUUCCCUUUCCUGAAGAUCAAUGUGACAAAGCACAAGAUUGGGAGCCUCAAGAUUCCGUGGGAGUUAGAUUUGUUCUUCAAAGGGGAUGAUAGGUCUUGCAAGGUUAUUUCAGUCAACAGAUCCGACGAGAUUGAUGGGUACCAUCAGAUGUGGGUAAUCUCCAACGCAACCGCAAGAGGGAGAUUGCGUCGACUCGUCCUAAUUCACGCAAAGGCAAAGGUAAAGCGCGGGCCGAGUCUUCUUUUCAAAGUCGAGAUGAUUUUGAAACGGAUUACCA